AUGACCGAUAUCGGAGAUCUUCUCAGCUGCGAAGAUGUAGAGGAUUAUUCAGAAGAGGAAGUGGCUGAUGGAGACUACUAUGUAUCGAUUAAUAGAUCAGGAUUUAGAUGUUUCCCUCUAAGAUCGAAAAUUUUACGUGCUAUUAUCGACUGCGGCUUUGAGCAUCCUUUAGAAGUACAGCAUGAAUGCUUACGGCAAGCACUUCGCGGUAUGGAUAUAUUGUGUCAAGCUAAAUCUGGUAUGGAGCUCGCCUUCCAAAUUAGCAAGGAAUAUGAGCGCUUCUCCAAAUAUAUGAUUGGUAUAAGGGUUUCAGUAUUUUCCGAUGAGAUGCCGAUCCAGGAAGAUGAAGAUGUAUUAAAAACGGCAUGCCCCUAUAUCGUAGUUGGUACUCCAGGACGUAUCUUAGCUUUAGUCAACAGUAAGAAACUAAAUUUGAAACACUUAAAACAUUUUAUUCUGGACGAGUGUUACAAAAUGCUGGAGCCUCUAGAUGUGCGCCGUGAUGUACAAGAAAUCUUCCGUAGCACUCCUCAUGGAAAGCAAGUUAUGAUGUUUUCGGCCACUUUGAGCAAGGAGAUCAGACCAGUGUGCAAGAAAUUCAUGCAGUACCCCAUGGAAGUUUAUGUUGAUGAUGAAGCUAAACUGACAUUACCUGGCUUGCUGCAGUACUAUGUUGAAGUGAAAGAAUAUAAGAAGAAUAAGGAGCUGUUAGAUCUAUUACAUAUGUUAUCUUUUCAGCGAAUGGUGAUAUUUGUUAAGUCAGUGCAACGUUGCAUAACUCUGCUUCAACUACUUACAGAACGAAAAAUCCCAGCAAUAGGUAUUCAUAAAAACAUGACUCAAGAUGAGCGUCUCUCCCUUUACCAACAAUUUAAGGAUUCCCAGAACAGUAUAUUAGUUGCUACCAAUUUCUUUGAAAGCGAAAUGGAUUUUGAAAGAGUCGACAUAGUUUUUAACUGCGAUAUGCUUGAAGAUUCCGAUACUUUCCAUCAAGUAGCCAGAGCCGGAAGUUUUGCCGUCAAAGGCGUCGUUAUCACCAUGGUAUCUGAUGAAAAUGAUGAUCAAGAUCUUAAA